AUGUUCAGGUUGUCAAGAUUGUUACGCAACUGUAGGUAUUACAACAGUAUUGGAAAGAGUAAUCCAUAUUUGCAUAACAAGAGAACUGGAAGUUAUAGGUUUCCAAAACAUAUUUACGAUUCAAAAUAUAAGAUGAGCUCAACGAACGUCGUGAGAGGUCCACUUGUCUGGAUUGACUGUGAAAUGACAGGUCUAGACCAUCUAAAUGACCAUAUUAUUGAGAUCUGUUGCAUUAUUACCGAUGGCGAUUUGAAUAUUGUCAAGGACCCUGUUACUGGAGAAGACAAUGUUUACGAAAGCGUUGUUCAUUAUGGUAAAGAUGUUAUGUCGAAGAUGAACGAGUGGUGUAUUCAACAGCACGGAAGUAGCGGGUUAACAGACCAAGUUUUAAAGAGCGAGAAGACGUUGGCUAGCGUGCAGCAAGAAAUACAAGAUUUUUUAGUGAAAUACAUACCUGAACAACGCGUUGGUCUAUUGGCUGGUAACUCCGUUCAUGUUGAUAGACUAUUUCUGUUGAGAGAGUUUCCCAAACUAGUAGAACAUCUGCAUUACAGAAUAGUGGAUGUGAGUAGUAUUAUGGAAAUGUGUAAGCGUCAUAACCCUGAGUUGCAGAGCGUGGUUCCGCCAAAGCAAGGCGCACACACGGCAAAAAGCGAUAUCAUCGAGAGUAUCAAUCAACUAAAAUGGUACAAAGAGCAUUAUUUUAAAAAUUCCACUGAGACUGCAGAAUUUGUUGAGACGGAAAAACAGAAACAUGCAAACCAAAAUGAAAAUGUAGUGACACCUACCAAUGUUAUCAGUAGCGAAAACAAGAAGAGGAAACUAGAAAACUAA